AUGGCAAUAACUCGUGAAGAAGAUUGCCCUCUGCUGCCGUUUCUCAAUGAAACCUAUUCAAGCAGCUUGGAAAAUGGAACCCAGAUGAGCGGUCUAGAUGCUGUGAAUUAUGUGCAAAAAUGGGUUGCCGAUUAUUCGCAGUGGAUACCACCGCACAAUCACAUCAUCGUUUUGACAAAGUUUGUAGCUUUACAUAAACUCCAAAUUUCCAUAUUUUUUGAAUUGAAAUAA